UUACUUCAAUCAUGUCCGAUUGAUUGUAAAAGAAGACACACAUGAAAACUUAAAAGAAAAAAAAGUUGGGGCACUUGCCUCGAAGAAGCGCGUGUCCUCAUUCCCGAACCCAUUGUCAUGUAAUCUCUGUGUCUCUCUCUCUUUUCUCUAUCUGUUAUAACUUCCACCCUCACUUUGCUCUCUUAACACAAAUCACUCUCUCUGCAUUUCCACAACCAAUUUCCCUCCAUUCCGAAACCGACCCAUCUCCUCAAAACUGUUCCAUCUUCCAAAGCCAUCGCCUUUGCCUCCGUGGAACCAUUUUUCUUUCUCUGAAUCCCCAAACUCGGGUACCCUUAUGGAAAAGGAGCCUCUGCUCCCAUAUUUCAGCCCCAGAAAGAAGCCUCAACCAUUUCCACCACUAUGCCCCUUACCAGAACACGACGAAAUCGUUCUUCCUAUGACCCCUUCGGAAUUCAAGGACCGUCUCAUCUUUGGUCCUUCUCCUUCCUCUGCUUCCCCAAGAGACCCUUCACCUCUGGCUGAUGCCUUAACACUCUCUUACAAUUCCCCAAAAUGCCCCUCCUCUUCAAACUCACAGGACUAUGCAUCACCGCCACUAUUUGAUUCCCAACAACAGCAACCGCUCAACUCUUGGCUCCUUGACCCCAGUUACGAGUCAUGGCGGAAAACGAACCUUCACCGAUCGAAAACCGCGCCGGCCAUGGCCGUGAUCAGCGAUUUCAACCCCCACACCGCCGUGCAAAGACCCCAGUUUGCCAGCCAGAGUAUUGUCCGCCAGGGUGUUAUUCUUCUUGCUCUUUAUUUGGCAUUAGGGGUUGUCAUUUAUUGGUUCAAUCGUCAUAAUUUUACAGCCACCGAGACUCAUCCUGUAGUUGAUGCAUUGUAUUUUUGUAUAGUGACAAUGUGCACAAUAGGGUAUGGUGACAUCACUCCCAAUAGUACAGCCACUAAGCUUUUCUCUAUAUUGUUUGUGUUGGUGGGGUUUGGAUUUAUAGACAUAUUGUUGAGUGGGAUGGUUAGCUAUGUGCUUGAUUUGCAGGAGAAUCAUAUGUUGACGGCGGUGAAGGGGAGGAGGGGUGAGAAGGAUGGAAAGUCUUAUAUAAUUGAUGUGAAGAAAGGGAGGAUGAGGAUUCGGUUGAAGGUGGCGCUGGCUUUGGGGGUUGUGGUGAUUUGUACUGGGGUAGGUGUGGGGGUUAUGCAUUUUGUGGAGAAGCUUGGAUGGUUGGAUUCGUUUUAUCUUUCGGUUAUGUCGGUUACCACGGUUGGGUAUGGAGACCACGCGUUCAAGACCAUGCACGGUCGGAUCUUUGCUGCGAUUUGGUUGCUUGUGUCGACGCUUGCUGUGGCCCGGGCGUUUCUCUAUCUGGCUGAGGCCAGAGUGGAUAAGCGUCAUAGGAGGAUGGCAAAGUGGAUUCUUGGUCAGGAUAUGACUGUUUCUGAGUUUCUAGCAGCAGACAUUGACAAUAAUGGCUUUGUGAGGUUCUUGUCUCCUCUGACGUGAAUUUUUCCGAUGUGUUUCAAAUAAUUUCUGGUCAUUGUUACCGGUCCUCCAAUGUCAUGUCAUCAUUCCAACAAGUUCAGAUCUCUAGUUUUCCAUUUGUGACUUUUCCAGCAUUUUUUGCCAUUGUUUGGUUCAAAUCAUGACUUAUUAAAUGCAUCAUGGACCAUCUCUUGAAGUAUGAAAUUUUAAAUGCCUAGAGAUAUCAACUAUACUUUUGGCAUUUUCUUCAGUAAUAUAAAAUAUGAUGUAAGAAGUAAAAACAGAACAAAAAAAGUUUAACUUAAACAAAAGAUUAAAUUCCUUCUUUUACAGAUUUGAUAAUAUCUUAAACUUUUGUUAUUCAAUUAAGGACAAAUAUUUGUAGUUGAAUGUCAAUUUUUUGUGUAAGACAUAUUGUAACCAUGGAGUAUAACAGAAUUGCUGCAUGAUGUUGACAAGGAAAUUUAGUGUUUUUAGAGCAAGGCAUGUCAUGAUGGAAAUUUAGGCAUCUAUUGAAAAAAUUAAGAACUUUGUUUGUCAAACAUUUUGUAAUUUUUUGGAGUUCUUUGAUUUCCUUUUAUUUUGUUUACCAGCAAGACUUUGAAAAAUCACAUGUAUGGAUGUUGAUUGUUCUGAUCAUAUUUACCUGUCCAAUCUUAUCCUUUGAGGUAUCCAUUUAUGGAGGCAAUUGCCUAGUUAUCUGAAGUAGUUUUUACCAUUUUAUUCACCAACUUGUAGUCAAUCAUCAUUUAAUGUAUAGAGUAUGCAUUUUAAUUUUUUUUUAUAUUAUUUAGUGUUAGUGUGAUUGCUUGGUAUAUGGUUUUACUUCUUAGGCCUCUUCUUGUUGUAGAUAUAAAAUCAGAAAACUAGAUGAUACAGUUAUUAACCAAGAAGUGUAUUUGUGGUUGGGCUAUUACAGUAGUUUUCAUGCUUUACUUGCUCAACAUGGUUAUCCACAUUAGUGUUACUGUUUGUUUCUAUGUGAAACUUUCCUCGUUAGGUUGGAUGUCGUGAGUUUAAGCUUAGAGCCAGAUAGCUAUACAUUAUACACUGCAGGUUCCUGUAUUACUUCAGAAAUGAAUUAGAGCAUUAUCUUGUGUUCUAUUAUCUUAUCUCAUAAUAUUGGUACUGCAUCAUUCUGACUCCAGCUACAUCUUGAUCCGACUAAUCCAAAGAAAAAUUAUAUAUUUAGUUGUAGAAGACAAUGAGUGAAUGAGGACUCCUUUGGAGGCAAAUUCCCAAGAAUUCUACUGUAUUUUAAA